AUGUUUGCCAACGGCCCCGAUCAGCAGUUCUACCAAACCCCAGCACCAUCACAACAGCAACAGCAACCGGGCCAGAGUCAGCCACAGCAUCCGAGUGUGAUCGUGCGACAGCCAGAACUCCCAGAUGAUCCCGAAGAGGCCAGCUAUGCUACUUCUGCCAGCUGCUAUGGCUUCACUCCUCCGGUGGUGCCAACUUACUCGACCUAUCCUAUUCCUCUUCUGUUUCCGGACUGGAAUCAGUUUGGAAUGGUAGGCCUUCCAUUCCCAUUUAUUCCACUUAGCUGGCAUCAACGCAGAAGAGCAAUAUUUGCCUGA